GUGUUUGUUAGGCAAGUAUAUUCAUACAUACAUAUGUGCAUACAAAUGUAGUUGUUUAUUUUGCUUCUCUCUUUAGUAGGUAUUUGCCGUGAGUAUUUUAGUCGAAUUUGAAGCAACGCCCGAACAGGUUCGGCAUAAAUGUGUGUAGGAAUGUUAAGAAGACUGGGAACGAGACGAAAAGAUGUACAAAUUUUCGUGGAACCGUGAUCAUUUUUGUAUUUUGUGUUGUUUCCUUAUUUGAUUACUUAUAAACCAAUUUCCGACUUUAAAGGCAAACAUAUCUGGAUCCUAUAAAUUUGGAUAGCAAGGAUCACUAAAUGGAGUGAAUUAUUAUUAAACUAAAAUUUAUGGUCAUGUACAGAAAAAAUGAUAAUAGACAUUAAAACAAACUUAACGUUAAAAAACAAAACAAAGUGGUGCAAUAACUUUCAAUACACAUUUGAAACUAAAUCGAAAAAACUGUUAGCCAUUGAAAACAAGACCACCUGGAUUUUAAAAAUUAUUUUUCAUAUUUAUAUUUAUCGCACUACAAAUAUAAUAAGCAUUAAACAUCUGAAAUCUACUGUAAAACAAACGCCUUAUAUUGAACAUUUUCUUUCUGAGGCUGUCCAAGUCAUUAAUAGGUCGUCCAGGUACUCACGAAUAUGGUUUAUGGUUUUUUUAUUGUUGCCUACACAGCAUCAAGUCGGUGGUUAUGGAACGUUCCGCCAAACGUCAAAUUUAAAUUUACUGCCUUCAAGUAUUAAAAUGCUCACUUCCCCACUUAAAAAUCCGUAUGAUGUAGUUGAGAGCCUCCCAGCCUAUCACCGCAUACAACCAAAAAACCAAGCCAAAAAAUUAAUUUCUGAAGAGGGCCUUUACUUACACAAAAAUAAACCCUCAUUUUAUAAUGUCAGUAUAAAUACAUUUAGUCUGAUUAAUAUAAGCCAGUCUAAAAACACGUCUUACUUAUUAAAUAAAAAAAUAUCCUUUAAAAUGAAAAAUAGAGUACCAAUGCAAAAUAGGAAAUUUAGAGAAACCAGAGAUAUUCGCCUAGAUGCAAAGAGUCAAAAUAUAAAACCUAAAAAUAUUGACGAAGCCAGUCUUAAACGCCUCGUUUUAAAGGGCCUUGGAAUGAAAAAAAUACCAGAUAUGAGCAAGGUUAAUAUAAGCCAAGUUGAAUAUUCUAAGAAAUAUAAAGAAUACUUAAGUCGCCUGAGAGAUAACCACGAAAAGGGAGCAAGUUAUUUUAAUAAUCAUAUUGGAGCAUAUUCUUUUAGAGACAUAAAUUUGUUGAGCAUCAUUACAAACAAAUUCAACGACAUUAGUCACAAACGUUGGCGUAAUAAAAGGGCAUUAAAACAUUUAAAAAAGAUAUCACAGACAAUGAAUGAAGAAAAAUUACAAUAUUACCAACGGGAUAAAACAAACAUUCUUCUGCACUUUUCACUAAAAAACGUAAAAGACGCCAAAUUUCAUUAUGAUAAAAUUGAUGAAGCCAAUGUUAGGCUUAUGCUUCUCUAUAGCUCAUCCCUCGCAUCUGAUUUCCGACGGUUGAAAGGACAAAACAAAAGAAAAACCAGCCACGCAUCUCAAACUGAUUAUUUUUUGAACACUAUUAAGAAUUGUAAUUCUGGAGAUGUCAGCUAUAACCAAUCAAAAAGAACUCAAAGUCGGCAAUUGAACCUCAAAGUAUAUCAUCUUCUUUCAACAAACAGACGAAAGCUGCUAGCGUCUCGCAAAAUUAAAACGGAAAAUAUUGGGUCCGAAGAAACUCGAACUCAGUGGAUAGAAUUUGAUGUGACGAAAGCUGUUCGUAGUUGGAUAAAUAAAAGCCAUGAAAAUUUAGAAAUAGAAAUUCAAUGCGAUAAAUGUAAAAGUAUAGGUGCUCGUAUUCUUAGCGACUCUAGCUCGUCGCAGUCAUCAUACGUUAAAUCUGCGGCUCCAAGCGUCGAACACUUCGACAUAAUGCCUGUUUUAAAUAUAAUUGGACAUGGUGCUCCGAACGCCCACGAAGACGGUGACUCAGACGUCCAUCAUAUUAUACUGACCAAUAAUAAAAGCGAUGACUACGUACAUCAUCGUUCCAAUCAGGAGACCACAUGGAGAAAUAAAUGGAGCAACAACUGUUACAAAUUGCACCAACGAUGCUGUAGAAAUCAGUUGAAUGUUGCCUUCAAGGAUAUUAAGGGGUUUGAGUUCAUAUUACAGCCAAAAGUAUUCGAUGCAGGUUAUUGUCAAGGACGAUGUCCACCACGUCACAAUCCUGCCCAUCACCAUGCCCUUUUGCAAAGUCUAAUAUGGCAAGAUGAUCACAAUCGAGCACCCCGUCCAUGUUGCGCACCCUCGAAACUUGAUAUGCUCGAAAUAUUGCACGUAGAUGAAGAGCACACCGAUAAGCUCAAAAUUUCAACAUGGAGUGAUAUGCAGGUUGUAGAAUGCGCCUGUUCUUAAAAUUAUGUUUAUGUUUACUAAACCUUGCUUUACCUUGCCCUUACUAUGAAAUAUAUUAAAUAUA